AUUUUGGCCCUUUUUCGUCAUUCGUCAUACAGCUCAGGCGCUCUUCAUGUGAGGGUAGAGACAAGAAUGAGGCCACUGCUUCAGCAUGCUUCACGUUCGGUUGUCGCCAAUACGGUAGCGCCUUCGUCACCAUCUCUGAGCAAUGUUGCUCGCAGCGCAUCGUCCGUCUUGUCGAGGUGUCGCCAUCGCACAGCUCCUGGUGCGUUGAGGUGGCAUGCAAAGACGCCGUUGAGCGCCAACCCAUCUGCACAAUGGUCGCAACGUACUUUCACAAGCUCAACAAGAUGGAGGGAACAAGGAAGACCACCAAAGCCAUCGGAUCCCAUCGCAAUGCCGCCGCCCGCAAACGACUCCAAUCCUAUACAGCAACCUCCGACCAAGCUAUCAGGAGCCCCGCCAUCACCAGAGGAUCAGGAGCGGUUAGAGAGGAGACUCAAUGCUAUACUCGAGGAUCAAAUGGCUAUCAAACGAGCCGCAGAAACUUCGGUGGCCGCAUUGCAAGAACCGCCCGCUCCCAAGAUUGAACAGCCUCCUCCAAAAGAAUCGGAACCACCCACAAAGGAUGAGCCCUUGGAUAAUAUUGCUCGCGUACCGGACGAACACCUGCCUUCGCAUCAAGAGAAGCAGCGAUGGAGCCUCUCAAAACGCUUCUCCAAUGCCAUGGAUGAGCUGCUACCGAAGCUUGCCGUCGUCACACAAAAGGUCAAUACAUACACUGGAACCGACUACUCUGGCGUCGAGGCACUCAGGAGGGAGAUCAAAGAGCAGGAGAAACUUGUCAAGGCCCGCCGUCUAGCCAUCGACUCCGCUAAACAAGCCCUCGACACCGCCCUCGCCCACCAAGCUACCUCGCAAAAAGAAGUCGUCGCUCUCCUGGAGCGUAAACAUUCAUGGUCAAAUGGCGACCUUGAACGUUACAUGGCCCUCAUUCGCUCCGAACACAUCAAUGAUCAAGCCGUUCGGGAAGCCAAGGACGCCGUCGCAAACGCCGAAAAUGCUUUGGAAGACGCGCGAGCACAACUGGAAAAGAGGGAACGUGCGCAAUACCACGAAGAGCAGAUCUGGAGCGACACCAUCCGAAGGAACAGUACUUGGGUCACGUUUGGCCUCAUGGGUGUCAAUAUCUUCCUGUUGCUAUUGAGUUUGGCAAUCUUGGAGCCGUGGCGAAGGAGGAGGAUGGUCAGGGAAAUCAAGAAGGCUUUGGAGGCGCAGCAUCAGAUUGCUAUGGAUGCUGCAGCGUCAUCGGCUGCUGCUACUGCACUUGUGCCCGUGUCAGCCACGCAAGGUCUAACAGCAAUUGAGGAAGACAUCGACAGGGUUGUUGAUCGUACAGACGCACCUGCCAAGGCACCGCUCGUGGUUGCCGACGAGGUCGUUGAGGAGUCCCCAACAGCGGGAACAAACAUCGUAUCGUCGGUCGAACCUGAACUCGUUCCCGAAGUCGUCCAGGAAUCCGCUGUAACUGUUGAAGCUGAGGCUCUUACUCCUGAAGAAGAGACCCUGACACCAGAGGAACGCGUUACCAUUGCUGAAGAAAUCUCGUCAUCUCACACCACUCCCCCCUCCAAACUAGAAAGCUGGCAGCAAAAGGCUAGCUUCAUAGCACAUGACAUUGUUAGCGAUCGCGUCAUUUCAAUGCGGCGGAUCGACUAUACCAGCGCCAUCCUCCAAGGCGCUGCGGCUGGGGCUGUCAUCACAGCGAGCAUCAUUGCUAUGCUGAGGCCGAAUUGAAGUAUCUAGCUUUUGUACGAAUAGUAUUUAUAUCUGAAGAAUGUAUAUAAUCCAUCAAUUGAGGCGUUGCCAUUCGCCUCAAUUGCUUGUACAAUGUCGUGUAGUGCAUUAUUCUCCUCACUAAUUAUACCAACCAGGGAGUCGAGCUUCUCCAUGCGUGGCACAACCACCGCUUUGAUCGCAUUUACGACCCAAUAUGUGCAACGUUGUCGCGAAAACGACUAUGGGUUUCCACAUAUCCCCCCUUGCCCGACAUUUCAUGGCAGACCGAAGACCUUGAUAUGGAUCAACAUCAGCUGCGCAAGCAGCAAUUUGUUAGAUCUUCUUCAGCUCGUGUAGUGCGUUGUCACGAGCAUGGGCCAGAG